AUGGAUACAUACCUCGACAGUGUGGCGGUCAUCGGUGCUGGCCUUGGGGGCUGCGCCAUCGCCCUAGCCCUCUCCCAAAAACACAUACCCGUCACAGUCUACGAAGCACGUCCAGCAAGCGCACUCUCAAUGCAAUCCGGCGUCCUCCUGACCCCCAACGGCCUCCACGUCCUCGACCAGCUCGGCGUCCUCCCCCGUAUCCGAGACCGCUGCUACAUCCCCACGCACCGCGUCUUCAAAAACGACAACGACGAAAUCACCAAGAAAGACAGCAUCGAUAGCGAGGAGAAAUACGGCUACGCGAACCACCGCAUUUGGCGUCACUUUUUGCUGGCUGAAAUGCGUCUCAUGCUCGAGGAACGGUCUGUCCCUAUCCAUUUCGAUUCGAAAUUCAAUGGUGUCGUCUCCGAUACACCCCAUGGUGUCGUCUUCCAAAUUAACGACACUACCCAACCUGCCUCCCUCCUCAUCGCCUCCGACGGCAUCUACAGCGCUGUCCGCAAAUACCUCGCCCCAGACAUCCACCCCUCCUACACGGGCAUCACCGCCGUCGCAGGCCACGCCCGCUUCGACGAGAUCGACUGGCCAGACAAAACCCACCCCAUCGACCGCAACGCCACGUUCCAAAGCAAAGCCGGCGCGAUUUUCUACAUUGCCGAGGACCCCGCAGGCGAGGAAGCCAUGUUCGCCACGCAAGCACACUUCCCCGAACAAUCGCGACAAGACCUCGAGAACCUCCAGGCGAGUCCCGAGCGGAUGCUGGGGUUUUUCACGGAGCGUUAUGCGGAGUGGGGCGAGACGGCGAGGAGGAUCAUCGAUGCGGUGGAGAGGCGGAAGGAGAGUUUGUUCAUCUGGCCGUUUAUGCGCAUGCCGGCUUUGCCAAGGUGGUUCAGCGAGACGGGGCGGAUCGUGCUCGUGGGGGAUGGGGCGCAUGCGUUGCCGCCUAGUUCGGCGCAGGGGGUGAAUCAGGCGUUGGAGGAUGCGUGGUCGUUGGGAUUGCUUUUGGAUACACUCCGACAGCAGCCACAGACGAAGGGCACGGACGAAGUCGAAGCGCCGGAGCGACUCCUUUUGGAGGUUUUGGGGAGAUGGCAGAAGUGGCGACAAGGGAAGAUUGAUGAGAUUUUUGAGUGGACGGAAAAUACUACGAAUGUGGGAAGGUUGGCGGAGGGGGAGAGGAGGAAGUUGGUGGAGGAGGGGAGGGUGAGGGAUAGCCAUGGGGAUGAGAUGGGGUGGUUGUUUUUGCCGGGGAUUGAGAAGGGGGUGAGGGGGUUUUUUGAGGGGUAG